AUGUCUGAGAAUGGAGGGCACUUGGGUGUCUCGGCGCCUCUGUCCACAGAUCCUCCGACCGAUCUCGACAUCAAACUGAGCGAGGCCCUCAUGGCCGAACUCAAGACGCAAAACAACUUCGAGUCGCCCGAGGCCACCGGAAAGAGGAACGAUGUCCUUAAGAAGCUCAAUCGUCUCCUCUCGCACCUGGUCCAGAUGGUAGGCAAAAAGAAAGGACUCCCAGCGGAGAUCUUGAAAGAGGCGGGCGGCAAGGUCUUCACAUAUGGAAGUUUUCGCCUUGGUGUACAUGGGCCUGGGUCGGAUAUCGAUACUCUGAUGGUGGCGCCAAAACACGUGACGAGAGACGACUUCUUCGAAUAUAUGCCCGAUCUCAUUCGCAAGCACACGCCGGCAGAGGAGCUCACCGAAUUGGUUGCUGUUCCUGGAAUCAGCGUUCCCAUCAUCAAGCUCGAGAUGGAUGGAGUGCCGAUCGAUCUUAUCUUCUCCAACUUGCAAGUCUCAUCAGUGCCUAAGAUGCUCGAGUUGACAGACAACAAGUUGCUGCGAGGAUUGGAUGAAACCGACAUGCGCUGCGUGAACGGCACCCGAGUCACAGACCGAAUACUGUCAUCGGUGCCUCAAAGCAGAACCUUCCGUGUUGCACUGCGUGCCAUCAAGCUUUGGGCCAACCGACGUGGCGUGUAUGGUGCAAACUAUGGCUUUCCAGGUGGUGUUGCUUGGGCCAUGCUCGUUGCCAGAGUAUGCCAACUCUAUCCCAAGGCAGCUGCACCUGUCAUCGUCAACAAGUUCUUCUUUGUCAUGAGUAAUUGGAGCUGGCCUCAACCUGUCACUCUCCAAGCCAGAGAGACAGUUUCGUUCCUUCAAGAGCGAGAGUGGGACCCAAACAUCUACAAAGGUGAUCGAUUCCACGUCAUGCCGGUCAUUACUCCAGCGUAUCCUUGCAUGAACUCCACGGUCAGCGUACAGAGGUCUACGAAGGCCGUGAUCAUCAAAGAGCUGAAGCGAGGUUUCGAUGUCACCAAUGACAUCUACAGCGGCAAGAAGCAGUGGAAAGACCUUGUCACAAGGCACACGUUCUUCACAGAGGAUUACAAGCACUACAUUUGUGUGAUCACCGCGUCCAUGACGAAGGAGGCUCAGCAGGCGUGGAGUGGUCUUGUGUCUUCUCGGCUUCGACGCCUCAUCCAGGGUAUCGAAAACUCAGACGCCGAUUCCGUGAAGCUGGUCCAUCCCUACUACAAAGGCUUCGAGAGCGUCCACGAAUGCAAGAACGACGCCGAACAGCAACAGACGCUUGACGGUAGUCUCGUCUGCCAGAUCGAAGACACGAAAGCUAUCGACGUGUCUGCGGAUCCGAAAGCCGCAGCCGCAGCUCAAGGCGAUGCCGAUGCGAUUGCCGACGCUGCGGAAAAGACCAACACGGACUCCAAGAAGGACGGCGCGCAGAAGAUCUGGACGACUCGGUACUACCUGGGAAUAGAGCUCCACAAAGGCAAGAACAAUCUGGACAUUUCGCACCCAAUUUCGGAGUUCACAUCGAACUGCCUUGACUGGGACAAGUAUGACAUGGACACGCACUCGAUUCGCAUCAAGCACGUCCGAAACUACGAUCUUCCCAAGGACGUCUUCGUUGAUGGCGAGACGAGGCCUAUCAAGAAGAAGACCAAGAAGGCCAAGGAAGCGACGCCUGCACCCGACGCCAAUCCCACACAUAAGAAGCGCAGCCUCUCGAAUGCAGGCUUCGACGAGAACCAGGACCCAGCUAAGCGCCGCCAAUCUGGGCUCGUUCCAAACGUAGAAGCGAAGACGAACGGUAUCGCCACACCAAACGGCUCGACGGGCUGA